AUGUCGAUUGAUCGCCUUCUCACGACGGUGCUACAGCUCUACCAGGACGUGCACGAUGAUGCCCGCACCGAGCAGAUCUUCGGGUCGACCGCCCUCCUCCUCACGAACCUCUCGAACCCGCUGAACCUCUCUUUGCUCACAUCCCAACUCCUUAUUGCCCCCGCAAUAUGGGGUCGCCGUGAUGGCAUGCGCACAUGCUUUCGCAUUAUCAGCAUCUUCAACACGGCCGCCAUCCACGUGCGCCGCAACGAGCUCGAGAAGAUCAAGAAGCCGAGACAGCAGCAACAACAACAACAACUGCACCAACCACAUCACACUGGCGGCGAGCUGAGUAGCAAUGCCUGGACAGCAGCGAUUCUCAAAGGUGCCGACGACCAGUCGGGGCGGUGGCAACACCUGCUCGUCUUCAGCGGCCCACGAACCUUGCCAUACAAAGCAGGGGAGCCCGAACCACCGGCUCCAUCCGGACCCGUGGCUCUGGCCCUCAACUACGCCUUUCCGCUGCUCUCCGACUCGGCGCGCGCCGGCCUCAACUGCGAUGCGCUCGUCCCCGUCGCAACACGGGCGAUGCUUGGCGGUGAUGGCCUACAAGACGGCGUGUUCCUCGCAUCCAUCGAUCAGGACAUACGACAGGCGGAGCAGAAGUUCAUGUGGACCGAGAACUCGCCCUCCUAUCUGCACCUACAGCAGCUCGAACAGCGGCCCCUCAUCUCCGGCCUAGGACCGCUCUCCACGCUGCUGGCCCAUGCCGUACAGUUCGCGCGCGAUCCCGACGUGGUGCUGCAGUUGCAGGACGACUUGAUGGCAUUCACCGCGAGGCUACUGCAGCACUGGCAGGCCGGCAAACUCUCCGAACUCGAAAUCUCAGAAGAGAGCAUCUUCCUCACCCCUGAGACACUCGAGACCACUUGGCCCACCCUCUGGCAGUUUCUCAAAAAGACCAUGUACGCCGUCGUGGCCGUCCUCCAGUCCAUCGUCACCCGCAGCCUCCUCGACCGUCAUCUCAAGCACCACGCCGUCGCCCCCACCGUUGCCACCAAAACCCUCCAUACCCUCCGCAAUCUCUACUUCAUCUCGUCCCGCAACGGCAGCGACGCCUUCCAAGUUUACGCCUUCACCUACCUCACCUCGCUCGACACCCUCUCCCGCUACGGCCCCGCCUCGUCCGCCUUCCUCCACUCCAUCCUACCCCCCCAAUCCAACAUCCCCCCGGACCCCCUCCACCGCACCGUCGAACUCUUCUACCUCCACACUGUCGAACACGUCGUCACCGUCGUCUGCGCUUAG